CUGCGUCGCGCCUUUCUCUGCUGUUCGAUCUGGACGUGUUCGACGUCCGCCUCCGCCAGAUCCUCGUCUCCGAAUUCACUUCUGAAAUAGAAAAAAAAAACAUUCGGUAAUUCGCGAGGUCCACAGUCUCACUCUCUUCGAUGGAAUAUUCAUUGCAGUGGUUGCCCUUUAUCCGAGGGCGCUUUAACUUCUCUCUGGCAUCCACAUCACUCCGACGACUCCUCCGAGCUUUUCUAUAAAGUUUCAUGUUUUCGUGUCGAUCCCCGUCGAUCUCUUGAGAAUUGAACGAGAGCGAUUUUUAUCGACUACGGUUCUAACAAUUUUCCUGGAAGUUUCCAACGGAAAAGGCGAUCAAAACAAAAGGAAAGGCGUUUUACCAUCACGGGCAGAAGAUUCACUGCUGCGCCAUGGAAAGGAAUUCGAGGAAAUGUCAAUUCUCGUCUCUGAGACCUGCUGCAACUGUCUUCUUACUCUCCCUCGGCGUGUGGUCAAAAAACCUCAAAAGCUCACAUGCAAAACGACACAGAUAGCAACUGCUUUCCUCUUUCCUCCCACUUUAAAAGAGGAAGAGGGAGGAAGAGAAAGCGAGGGAGGAAAAGGUUUGUGGAGAAUCAGAGAAAGUCUGUGCUGCACUACUGCUAGCUAGGCGCUUAUAUACGCUGACCGCCGCCGCUUGGUUCUCAGCUUCUGGUCAGGCAUGGGUGGGCACUCCUGCUGCUACAAGCAGAAGCUCAGGAAGGGCCUCUGGUCGCCUGAGGAAGAUGAGAAGCUCAUCAAACACAUUACCAAGUACGGCCAUGGCUGCUGGAGCUCGGUUCCCAAGCUAGCAGGGCUCCAGAGGUGUGGGAAAAGUUGCAGGUUGAGGUGGAUUAAUUACUUGAGGCCUGACCUCAAGAGAGGUACAUUCUCGCAGCAAGAAGAAGAACUCAUAAUUGAGCUCCAUGCCGUGCUGGGAAACAGGUGGUCGAAGAUUGCGGCGCAUUUGCCGGGGAGGACGGACAACGAGAUCAAGAACUUGUGGAAUUCGUGCAUCAAGAAGAAGCUGAAGCAGCGAGGGAUCGAUCCCAGCACCCACCAGCCGGUGGCCGACAGCGCGGUGGCUAGCAGCGAGAAGAACUCGGGCGCGUCGAGCGACCCCCGAGUCCCCGUGGCGGCCAACGCGGAGGCGGGGGGGCUGCUUGAGCAGCUGACGCCGUCGGCGGCGGAAGAGAGCAUCACGUCGCGGCCGGGGAAAGAGGUGUUCUCGGACCAGUUCCUGGUGGGCCACGAGGCUGCGGCCUCGAGCGGACGCUCUUCGCUUGGGUUCUUCCCCUUCGGCCUCGCCGCCGCAGACUGCGUCGUCCAAAGCCACCUACUCUGGCCCAGCCAUGACCUCGCAAUGCCGGCCGCGGCGGUCUCCACCUCGAUUUUCUCGACCUCGGUGGCGGCUCCGACGCAUCCGCCCGCGUGCCUCGACGGCGCCUCCAUCGGGAGCUGGUACGAGGCGGAUUGCUUCGCCGGCGGCCGCCGCAGCGUCGUGGAGGAAAGCAGAGGCGGCGGCGGCGGGGGGAUGUUCCCAUGGUCUGACCUGCCGACGUCCGACAAGGACAUCCAGGCCCAGCUCGGAGGCGAGGGCGAGGGAGAGGAGCUCAAGUGGUUGGAGUACCUCCAUGGCGCGCUUCCCCCGCCGUUGCAACCGGCGCAGACUGCUCCGUUCGGGGCGGGAACCCAAUUCGCCGCGAGUUGCCUGAGCAAUUGGCAGCAGAGCCAACAAUUUCUGCUGGAGCAGCAGCAGAUUCAAGCUCCGGAGAUUUACGGCAAGGAUUUCCACCACCAAAUCUGGAAUCCAAACCUAUCAAAACCUCAAAUUUAGAAGAUUUGAAGCAAUAAAAUCUUCAAAAAACUGUAAAAGGUUAGUGAAAAUCACGCACAGAGUGCUCCAAAACCCAAAGCUCGCAUCUCCUUUUUCUCCUCCUCUUUCUUAUUCUUCUUUUUUUUUCCUGGAUUUUUAUUCUUCUAUAUUCUUGUUUUCACUUGAAUAAUUGUUGUAUCUUGUGGCCAAAAAAUUCAAGUUUCUAUCAUCUACCUAGUUUUUUUUCUUCA